AUGGUCCGCUGUCCGCCGAUUCUCAAGCGACCUUACGCGUCUCUACGACAAGACCCCGACGGCUUUUCACCUCCGAAAAAGCCAUGGACUGCAUAUAUUCUGCCUGGAUUUGCAAUAUUUCUCCUCCUGUUGCCCCAGCCGAGCUGGUUCAUCGUUAUAUCCUCACAAUACGUCGACGCCACCCCUGGCUUCAUCCAUAUCAGCGUUACAACACUACUUACACUCCUUUGCAUCAACUCCCUUGCUAUAUGCUGUUUCAGAGAUCCCGGGCGUCCGCAGCCCGAGGACAUGGACGGUCCAACGCCUGAGAGAGACGGACAAGACGAGAAUGAUGCACUCAUGGACGAAGACAAGGAAGAUCCAAAUGAUUUCAACUCGUCGCGCAAGUGGUGCCUACCUGCGGGCGUUGCGUCUUACGAAUGGACCAUCACUGCCCGUGGAUCUCGCACGGCGUAUAUCACUGUCGUUGCGUCGUACACACUUUAUCGCUUCCUCUUUGCGCCGCUCGCAAAGCCCAUCGACGACAUAACGCCAUUACAUUGCUUGAUUCUCGUCAUCAUCGGAUUUGUAUUCUCCCUGGUGAUGGGAAGCUUUUUCGGCUUCCACAUCUACCUCUGCGCAACAAAUCAGACGACCCUAGAGACGCUGUCGCCAUAUAUGCUCCUCAAAUAUUUACCAAAGCCCAAGGCUGCUCGACAUCCCCCCGGGACGAGCAUCACCAGGGGAAUCGACACCGUCCCUCCUCCUCGCAAUCGUGCCGGGGAGAACCAGUCAGAGGACAAUGACUCUCCAUACUAUUUCCCAUCACCCCCAGCAACACCCCCGCCUGAAAACGCUGGUGCCGCCAUCUUGAGCGAACUUCGGGACACGCUUCUCGCCCAUAAUCCAUUGUCCACGAUUCCCGCUUCAACACCUUCGACACCACCAAAGGCCCAGGCCCGUGCAACGUUCUCAUCUGCAUCUCCAGUGGCAACAACCUCAGUAUCAGACGUGUUCAUCAAUGCGCCUUCAGGAGGUCCAGCAACACUUUCUCAGAAUGGAGGAGAAGCAGGAUCAACGGGCGGCUAUCACGAAUGGGAUGAACAUUCGUUGUCACUCUCACAAAGUCGACUAGUACGACGCACUGCGGCUCAUUUGAGACUGUGGGAUAUUGGUAUCAGACGGAACAUCGUCGCAACACUUGGCUCAGGUGCUAUUGUCGAUGGGAAUGUGCGGGGAAAUGGCGAGCGAAAUUUACGCCCGCGCAGAAGCGCUCAUACUUGGAAUGAUCCCUUGCCAUACUCUUGGAGAUGGUGGAUCACGGUACUUCUUUAUGGAGGACCGCCUCGCGGAGACGGAAAGACCUUUCCUCGCAACCCACAAGCGCAUGGCGUUUUGGAGGAAUUGAGAAGGGGACUAGAAGAGUUGGAAAAGAGGGAACUGGGAGGAUCAACUGAGCGUCGCAUUCCAGCCGGGACGGCCCGGAGACCUCCAUAUGAUGAUUCACGGUACACGAUUGGAGACGAAAUGGAACUUGACGAGGUCUGA